CUGGCGCAUAAAGCAAUGACGUAGUACGCACCGAAAAGGUGGUGAAAACAGUAAAAGCAGAGAUAUACAACUAGUUUGCGACGAUUUAAAGCGUGUUCCACGGGAUAAAAUGACGUUUCAAGGAUCGUUUGAUGAAUUUUUCCGACAACAAAAGAAGAAGCAGAUCAGCCACCAGUUUUCUCUGCCUGAGCGGAAGGCCAAGGUCAAUCAGCUUGUGAAGACCAUCGACAAUGUGGACGACCCAGACACCAAGUACUGCAUCUGCAGGUCCACGGAUGGUACCCGCUUCAUGAUAGCAUGUGACAACUGUGAGGAGUGGUACCAUGGUGACUGUAUUGGAAUCACUGAGACAGACGCCAACGACAUCAAACAGUACUACUGUGGCCCAUGCAGAGAGAAAGACCCAUCUUUGGUGACUCGCUAUAAACACAAGAAGAUCAAGGAAAAGACGGAGAAGAAAAUGGAAAAACUUCUAAAACCGGAAAAACUUGACAAAGAGGCACUGGAGUACAAAGGAAAACUGCGAGAGCCAGAGUUUUCUGAUGACUGGCGCAAGAAGUCAAAUCGGCGUUGUGGAGAAUGCAUGGCUUGUCAUCGUACGGAGGAUUGUGGCCGCUGUGAUUUCUGCAAGGACAUGAGAAAGUUUGGAGGUCCCAACAGAAUUCGUCAGAAAUGCAGACUGCGGCAAUGCAAUAACUUUGGUCUAUCUACCACCAAGGAUUUGAAUGAUUCAUUCUCAUCUCAGCAAAGUGAGCGAGAGCUGUUUCUGACCCCAGAAAGGCCCAUCUUACACAGCGUCUUGAAUGAAAACUUGGAGGAGAGUGACAAGAAACGUAAGAAGAGAUUGUCAGGCAUGGAGGAAACUCCAAGGAAGAAAUACAAGGACAAAGAGAAGAAAUCUCCCACAAAGAAAAAGCAGAAGAGUCACCAGCAUAAGGGCGACCACCACGGUCACCAUCACCACCACCGGUCCAAACAGGAAGUGGAGGAGAUGGAGGAGGCAGGGGAGGAUGACACGGCCAAGCAGUGCCUGGGGCCAGGUUGUGUGAACCACGCCAGACAGGCGUCCAAGUACUGCUCUGACGAGUGCGGCAUGAAACUCGCAAAAAGUCGUAUCUAUGAACUGUUGCCGCCCAAGAUCCAGCAGUGGCAGAGCAGCCCCUGUGUGGCGGAGGAGCGUAACCGGCGUACGCUGGACAAAAUACGGCGCGAACAGAUGGAAGCUAGGCAGCGACUCAUGGAGCUGGACAUGAAGCAUCAGGACCUGGACGCACUCAUUGAGAAGGCCAAACAUGUGAAGAUUGAGUCAGAAAACGAACAGGUGUCGGAGAGCGAAGACGAGACGGAGUUCAGCAUGUUCUGUGUGACCUGCGGUCUGGAAAUCAGCCAGAAAACUGCUCUCAAACAUCUCGAGAAAUGCUUCGCAAAGUUUGAGGCACAGACAUCAUUUGGGUCCAUCUACAAGACACGUAUUGAAGGCAGCUCCAUGUUCUGUGAUUUCUACAAUAGCCAGUCAAGGACGUACUGCAAACGACUGAAAGUUCUGUGUCCUGAACACACCAAGGAACCGAGGGUGGGUGCGGAGGAGGUGUGUGGGUGCCCGCUGGUGACCAACGUGUUUGAGGAGACUGGGGAGCUGUGUAAGACGGCCAAGAGGAAGUGCAACAGGCACCACUGCUGGGAGAAGUUCCGUAGGGCACAGAUAGACAUGGAGAGGGUCAGACAGUGGAUGAAGAUAGAUGAGCUGUUUGAGCAGGAGAGGAAUGUGAGGUUUGCACUGGCCAACAGAAUGGGGGUGUUGGGCUUGAUGCUUCAUCAAACAGUGGACCAUAACCCUCUCUACCCCAUCAGUGUUCCCGACAUAGACUGACUCGGUGGUUGACUCAAUUUGACAGUUGCCGGAACAUUUGAUGUAUGCCAUGAUUGAGUGUCAGUUCUUCUUUGACAGAGUGAAGGGUUUACAGAACAGCUGCGAGAUUAGAUCGUGCAUUUUGUUGGAUGGUGUGUGUGCACUCUCCCCGACAUGGGAACGUUCUUUAGAUCUCAACCCAAAGACAUCAAGUAUUGGUUCUACCUAUGAAACAUACUCGAGAGCGUUCUAAUAACCAUUUGACUUUCUAUGAACUAGAGCUUAAAUAAAUAGGUUAAACCCUU